AGUCAUUCUCUGAGGCCUGUGUCACCACGUUGCUAUCAUUGCCAGUUUCAUCAUACUGCUCCGUCCCACUUGAGGAUCCUGGUUCUGCGGGUAUACUCUCAUCACUGAAACUCUGUUUCGACGCGUCGGACCGAGGAGCUAGCAGUUCAUGAGGUUGAAGAGGCUUCGACUUCCGACGAUCGUUCUGGCGACGGUUCUGGAACCAUAUCUAUAAUGUCGGAAAGCCACAGUCAGAAUGGACGAGGGGGCCGUCUUAUCCGGCUUCGGGUUGCGUUGGUACUCUGCCUCCAAAAUUGCAUGGUCCUCGGGGCUGUGGUUUUAGAUGGCUCACGCGUUAGCCAGUUAUCAGGCAAAGCAGCCCACAGCAUGAGAUCAUCGGGGUCAUCCCGCAGUAUAUAUACCUUGUGCGACGACGCUUUUGGCGGGCGAGUAACUUGUUAUCGACCCGCGGGGGAAGGUUCUGAGUUAGGGUUUUCUGCGAGUGGACGAGAAAGGCAUAAUUAAGAGCAGCGGUAGACUCGGACGCCUGAGCUGUUGGUG